AUGGCAAAAAAUUGUUUUUCUUUCGUGGUUUUCUUACUCACAAUCUAUGGAUUUUUAACCAUUGUGGAGUCUCGUUCUCGUGCAAGGGUAUAUCUUGAAUCACAAUGUCGUCCGGCAAUGUAUCCUGAUCUAUGUGUUAGAACACUUUUACCUUACGUGGACAAAACCGGUGUAAUAAGCCCACAACGAAUAGCUCAAAUUUCACUUGCAACGUGUCUAUCAAAAGCUCGAGUUACAAAGAACUACGUGGACAUGGUAGCAAAAAAGUUGAACGAAACGGGGAGUUUUGGAGAUUACCAAGCCUUGGAAGAAUGUUCGCGUCAAAUAGAGAAUGGAGUAAGCCAAAUAACACAAUCAUUUAAGGAGUUGCAACAAAUAGCAAAGGAUGGGGAUGAGAAUUUUGUGUGGCAUGAGAGUAAUGUCCUAAGUUGGGUUAGUGCUGCCUUGACGGAUGUUACUACGUGCAUAGAUGGAAUCGUGGGGGAUGGGAUCAGUCGUAGGGACAGAGCUAUGAUGAAAGCGCGGUUCCUAAAUGUGAAGCAACUCGCUAGCAAUUCUCUUUUGAUGUUCACUCGUUUCACAACACGAUAUCGUGCUGCCCGUGGCAUCAAGAACCCCUAA